AAAAUCGCGUCCAAACGGAUUACAAUGGAGGGGUUUAUAUUUCCCCCCUAUAACUACAACGCCUACCCGGGGUAUGGCCCGUAUAACCACGCAGGCCAGAAAUUCAAGAAUCCGAACUGGACCAAAAAAGCAAAUCUCUACGUGGCCCCCGAGGCCGUAGACUACUUGGAUUUCUACAAACGCGCUCAGCUGAGGGCGAUUUUGUCCCAGGUCAACCCAAAUCUAACCCCUCGUCUCAGAAAAGCUAACACCAAAGAGUUCGGCGUUCAAGUUAAUCCCAAGGUAGACGCUGAGGUUCAAUGUUCUCUUGGCCCAAAGACCCUGUUCUACCGGGAGCGAAAAUGGUUUCCUUCCAAGUCACCAGUAACGAGUCCCAUACCGAAGACCAAAUUCGCCCCCAGCACUCCCGUGAACAACGUCCGUUUUUCCCGGCCCAUUGCGAUCUACUCUCCGGUUUUCGAUAGGAGAUUCAUCACGCUGCCGGGCAACGAAGAGGAAGAACCGGUCAAGGGAGAGGAAGAAUGUGUUGAAGGAAAGGAGCAAUGUGUUGAGGAUCACGCGAAGUACGAUGACUCGGGACAAAACUUUAAGGAAGUCCCCUCCCCCGGGCCAAGGAAAUUCAACUUCCAGUUCCUAGAACAGAAAUACGGAUUUUUCCACUGUGGCAAGUGCAACAUCCGGUGGGAAAGCGCGUACGUGUGGUGCAUCUCCGGAACCAAUAAGGUGUACUUCAAGCAGUUCUGCCGAAAGUGCCAGGUGGGGUUCAAUCCGUACCGGGUGGAGUCCAUCCAGUGCCAGGUGUGCGGACAGACGCGAUGCUCCUGUGAGAAGCGGCAGCGACACAUCGACCUGAAGCGCCCUCACCGCCAGGACCUGUGCGGACGCUGCCAGGGCAAGCGGCUGUCCUGCGACACCACCUACAGCUUCAAAUACAUCGUCUGAGCGCCCCCUACGGGCCUCAACGCUGUCCCCCCUCCCCCAACGCGUCUUUUAGAACCUGUCUACCAUCCGCCUACAAACUAUUUUUGUACCCUGAAUGUGUAAAUUUAAUAAAUGAAUAAAGUAGAUUUAUUACAGCA